UUAAAGGAAGCAAAUGAGAGGUUAGCAGAAGCACUGGCCGAGGCCGAGAGGAAGAGCAGAGAAUUGGAGCAAAAGAAACACCACGAAGCCGGGAAGCAGAAAGAGGUAGAGGCACAGCUAAGGGAAGAACUGGGGACGGUACAAAGUGAACUGAAAGAGACAAAGGAGAAUUUAGUGCAGUCAGACUCAAGCCUCACUGAAAAGACCACACAGUGUGACAGUUUGCUUCAGGCAGUCGAUCAGCUAAAGGAGAAACUAGAAGCAACAGAGAAGAGAAUAGAAGAAAAUGAGGUUCUGAUUCAGGAGAAGGAGAGCAAGCUGGAAGGUAUUCAAGAGAAAGUGGAUGCAUUAACUGAGGAAAUAAGUAACCUGCUAGAAGAGAAGGAGUCUUUGGUGAAGGAAAAAGAUGACCUCCAACUAAAGGUCACUGAGCUCAGCAAAGAGGGUGAAUCCCAGCGGGCACAGACUGAAGAACAAACAAAGUUGGCAGAGAGUCGAAAGAAUCUCAUUGAGGAAAUGAAGGCACACUUAGAGGAAGAAGCUCAACGGCACAAACAAGAAGUUGAACAACUCUCAGUGCGUCAUGGGGAAGAGAUUGCAGCUGUGUCCAUGGAAAAUCAACAGCUUAAGGCCCAACUGCAUGAUGUGAAUGAGAAGUUAAAUGAAGUAAUGGAUCUCAAAGAAAAUGUAAGGUCUUUAGAGGGUCAGAAGUCUCAGCUGCAGGAAGAAAACACAAAGCUGCUUGAAGACCUAGAAGCAGCCCAUAAACUGACACAAGAGGAAAUCAACAGGGUUACAGCUGAGAAGCUACAGGAAAUGCAAGACAUGAGGAACAGCUGGGACGAAGAGAGGAAAGACCUACAAACACAACUUGAAAUCAGCAAUAUACAGCGACAAGAGAGUGAAGAAGCCAUAGAAUCCUUGAAACGAAAGGUUUCUGAUGGAGAAGAAGAGCAAAGGAUUCAUGAGCGCAAGGGGAUGACGUUGCUGAAAGACCUUAAGAAACAGCUGGCAGUUGAGCGGAAACGGGCAGAUCGCCUUCAGGAGAAGCUGAGCCAGCUCUUGACAGAUCCAGCUCAGUUAACUGCAAUUACGACAAUGUCAGAAGUCGGUGAUGAUGUGAGCAGUGUUUCCUCGUGGUCUAUGGUGUCAGGGGAACCCCGGGAUUCUUCUACAAGGGAAAACAGCAUCAUUGCCUCACCACAGGGCUCACCCCCUCCUGGUGUAGUAACUGAGGAAACGGCCUCCCUUGUAAAUCGACUCACAGAUCUCCAACAACAGAAGUGGCAGCUAGAGGAACGCAUCACUCACUUAGAGUCAUCCUGUUCAGCAAUGGCUGAUGAUUUGUUGAAGAAAUCAGCCAUCAUCCAACAUUAUUGUAUGGACCAGAAAGUUGAUAGCACACCAUCCACUCCAUCUUCUCCACAAGCUGCCAAUUUGGGUGAGAAACUGAGUGUGAGACGCAUGCUGGAGGUGGUCCGAGGCCAUAGUAGUGAGGAAUCCACCAAGGAGAUAAACCGCCGUCUCCAGGGCCUCCUCGAAGAAACACUAUCCAAGAACAUGCAGCUUCAUCAGGAUGUGGACAAUCUCUCAGAACAGGUCCACCAGCUGUCCAUCCUGGCUGCACAAAAGACACAGAGGGAAACAUCUCCUCCAGCUGAUGCCUAAGAUCAAGGCAGGAUGGUAGCUGCCCAGGGUAUGGCAUCCCUUCCUGUGAUUUUCAUUAAUUCUAUGGUUGCCAGAUGGAUUGUUUGAAAUGGUUGGGGGUUGUUUUGAUAAUGGGAUCCAAUAGGCUUCCUGAUGUGUUUUAACCAAAGGUUGAGUUUUCUUUCUUUUUUCAUUCUUUCUUUCCAUGUGUGGAGUCUAUAAAGUUAUAUCAAAUAGAAAAGGUUAAAUGCAUUAAUUGAAUCUUCCAAAUUAAUUUCUCUUAGUAGUGAUUUUAGAACAUAUCAGUAGUAGCUGAGAAUGAAUCAGAUGAUAGGUCACUAAGUUGUGAAUUAUAUUAAUGAUACUUUUGUAAACAUGUUCAUAGUAUUUAGAAAAGCACAGAUUUCAAGCAGUUUGUUUUAUGAAUCUUUUUGAUAUAUUGAAAUUUUUCUUGAAGAUGCUAAUAAACAUGUCUGUUUUAUACAUGUACAUUGAAGGUAACCCAGCUAUGGCCUGAUAUUUUAAAGAAAUCACUCAUUUGCAAAGCUUCCACAUUGUUAUUUUUAUUAUAAGGAAAGAGUUUAAUAUGUAGACACCCAAUAGUAGAUAUUAGUUGUUUCUUGGAAAGAGAUUUAAAGGAAAUGUUGCUUUAUGGUAGUCAUCUGAUUCAUUUAUGCUAUUUCAUGUUUUU